AAUAAAGUCAUAUUUAUGAUUACCACAAAGAAAUUCAGAAUUCAGUACCUACUCCAUACUCAAUAUAAUGUAAUCAUCGUAUCAAACUUACAUCUUCCACGUUAGAGCAGUUUUAAUCAAUUCCACCAGGUAGCGACUCUUUCAAUAGCGAAUAAACAUAUCAGGUCUAUGGGUGAGACUCAUACUAAUGAUAUGGUUACGAUUUUAAGAAGAAAUUUUCAUCGCUUAUAUAACACGAAUUUCUUGAGUAUGUGACUUCUAGAAUGUUUAGAGAUUGUGUGUUUGUAUAAUGAUAUCUAUAAACCUUCAGCUCUGUUAUCAAUUAAAACUUGAUACUCUCACAAUUAUAAAGUACUCUACAAUUGUUUAUAAUCGUUGAUACUCUUUAUUAAUGUAUUUGUGAUUAAAAAUUUUGUGACUUUGCUUAUAUUCCAUGAUUAUUACUAAGGGCAUGCGCGUUUUGUAACGUUUUGUCGAAGAAAUUGAUCAAACCUUCUGAGACAAAUGAGAAUAAUAUUUUAUAAUAUGAUUUGUGAAGAACCUAGUCUGUAAUCUGUAUUUUUUUUUCUGUCAAUAAUUGCGUUGUAAUAUCAUACAUUUUUUCAUCUUUGUUAUAUUUAGUGUGUAUAAAAUUGUAUUCCUGGUAAGUAUUAUUUUAAUUUUAAGAGUUUAAGUAUUUUUAUUCUUUAUACACCUUUCUAACAACAAAAUAAUAUGCAUCACUAUGUAGCAGCAAAGGGAUAGCAACUGCUACCAGACCUUUUUUAUAGGGGUUGCAAAUUAAUAGCUACGAAACCCUGAGUAACUUAUAAAAAAAUAUAAAGAUUUUUUUCAUAAUAUGAUAAAACUAAUGUAAUUUAAUAUAAAAUUUGAACAUAGAAAAAUAUCACUCAACUGAUUACUAAAUAUAUUUGUAUAUUUAUUUGAUAUUAUGUUUCUACCUAAUUUUGAUGAAUAAUUGUCUAAAACUCUAAUGAUACACCAACUGCUUCCCUACUUCAUUAGAUCACAACUAAAUUAAAUAUAAUAUUCAAGUUGUUUAUUACUAACCUAACCCAUCACAUUUAUUUCAAUGUUCCUCAUAAGAUAAUAAUCCCUUACAAUAAAUAAGAAUAUAAUACAUAGUCUAAAAAAUAAUAAGUAAAAUUAUAAUUUCUUACUGUAUUAAAAAUCCUGUACAAUUUUUAUAAAUUGAAUAAUUUAUUUAUUUAUAUUAAACAGAUUAGUAAGACCCUUCAGCAAAAUACAAAUUAUUGUAUGUUCAUUUCCUAAAUAGUAAUGAGCAAGCAUAAUAAUAUAUAUAAUCAGCAGUCAUUAAGUGUAAAUUGAUUAUUUUACUAUUUAAGUAAAUGAAAAUACUAAUUUAUUUAGUGGUAAAUAAUUCUGUUAAAAUAAAAAUAAGUUUAACCAUUUUUGAUAUGUGAUUACUUAUUAUAAUAGUUUUGCACUUCAUGAAGAUUUUUUGUCCCUGUCAAUCUUCAUUCGUAUAAUGUUCUUCUUGUACCAUAUUUACUGUCUACACUUUGUUUAUUGUUAAGGUGUACAAUUUGUGUUUAUUAUAGUUUUAAGAAUAAUGGGUCGCUUGGCUACUGUAGCGGUCAGUUGUUUGAAUCAAUGGGCUCUAGAUUUUGGUGGGAAUAAACGUCGUAUAUUGGAAAGUAUUGAAAUAGCAAAGCAAAACAAUGCAACAUAUCGUAGUGGACCUGAACUUGAAAUAUGUGGCUAUAGUUGUGAAGACCAUUUUUUUGAAAACGACACUCUGUUACAUUCUUGGCAAGUCCUAGUUGAACUAAUGAUACAUCAUUCUGCGUCAGACAUUUUGGUUUGUUUAUACAAUUUAUACAAUUAUUGACACAUUAAUAAUAUCAAAUAUUGCAUUAUUUAGAUUGACGUUGGCAUGCCAGUGAUGCAUAAGAAUUCAACAUAUAAUUGUCGUGUGGUAUUUCUUAAUAAACGUAUUUUGCUGAUAAGACCCAAAUUAGUCCUGUGUGACUCGGGAAACUAUAGAGAAUCUCGUUGGUUUUCACCAUGGAGAAAAUUGCGUACAGUCGAAGAUUUUUAUUUACCUAGAAUUGUGCAGGAAUGUACUAACCAAACUAUUGUACCUUUUGGAGAUGCUGUUAUUGCCACUGCUGAUACGUGCAUUGGGUAUGAAAUAUGUGAAGAACUGUGGACACCGUACAGUACCCAUAUUCCGUUAUGUAUGGAUGGUGUAGAAAUUAUUGUUAAUAGCUCAGGUUCUUACAUGGAACUACGUAAAAAUUCAAUUAUUUUAGAUCUGAUUAAAUCAACUACUUUUAAAAACGGUGGAUGUUAUUUAUACAGUAAUCUCCGAGGUUGUGAUGGCCAACGUGUUUACUUUAAUGGUUGUUCAAAUAUUGUGAUGAAUGGAUCUCUGAUAAAAGUCGGAACUCAAUUUAAUUUAAAAGAAGUAGAAGUCAUUUGUGCUACAAUUGAUUUAGAAGAUAUUCAUAGUUACCGGAAUUCCUUAAGAUCUAGAAGUAACUCAAGUUCAGAAUCUUAUCACAGAAUAAAUGUACUAGAUUUCAGUUUAUCUCGAGAAACUCGUAAAAUACCUGAUCCUAUAUUAACAAACUUUGAAUGCUUGUCUGCUGAGGAACAAAUCAGUUUAGGGCCAGCAUGUUGGCUUUGGGAUUAUUUAAGACGUUCUAAGCAAGGUGGAUACUUUUUACCAUUAAGUGGUGGUGUUGAUUCAUCGAGUACUGCGUGUAUAGUGUAUUCCAUGUGCAAUUUAAUUUAUCAAGCGUGCAAAGACGGUGACAAACAGGUACUGACAGAAGUACGUUGUAUUGUCGGUCAAGAUAAUUAUUUUCCCACUGGUGCAAAUGAACUGUGCAACAUAUUAUUUACUACUUGUUACAUGGCUACUGAAAAUUCAUCUUCUCAAACAAAACAGCGAGCUGAAGAAUUGUCUUCUCAAAUAUCUAGUUAUCAUUUGAGUGUUGUCAUUGAUAAAGCGGUAUCUGCCAUAAUCUCUAUUUUUGUUAGUCUCACUGGUAAAACACCACAAUUUUCCAUUUACGGUGGAUCUCCUCGUGAAUCACUUGCUUUACAAAAUGUACAAGCUCGACUAAGAAUGGUUUUAACAUACUUGUUUGCUCAAUUAAUGCUUUGGGUCCGAGGCCGGCAAGGCGGGCUAUUAGUUUUAGGCUCUGGAAAUGUUGAUGAAGCUCUUAGAGGAUAUAUGACAAAAUAUGACUGUUCAAGUGCCGAUGUUAAUCCAAUUGGUGGCAUUUCAAAGUCUGACCUUAAAAUGUUUUUAAAAUAUUUUAGAAAAAAGUAUUCCUUAUCUGCGAUUGAUAACAUUAUAAAUGCCACACCUACAGCAGAACUAGAACCUUUGAUUGAUGGGCAGAUAACACAGUCCGAUGAAGCAGAUAUGGGUAUGACUUACGAUGAACUAAGUGUUUUUGGAAAGUUAAGAAAGCAAAACUAUUGUGGACCAUAUAGUAUGUUUUGUAAGUUGUUGUUGUUAUGGGGUGAACAGUACACAGCUGAGCAAAUAGCCGAAAAAGUGAAACACUUUUUUAGAUGUUAUGCCAUUAACAGACACAAAAUGACAAUUUUGACUCCCAGUUAUCAUGCCGAAGCGUACGGUCCUGAUGAUAACCGGUUUGAUCAUCGUCCAUUUUUGUACAAUGUCAUGUGGCCGUGGCAAUUUUGUUGUAUUGAUAAAAAAGUAGAAGAAUUUAACAAUAAAAAAACUGAAGUUCCUAGAUACCAUUUACCAAUAGAAUCAAACAGAGAUGGGAAGUAUGCAGUAAAUGUUUAACAAAAUUGUUGAAUUUAUAUAGUUUACUUUAAAAACAUUUUAAAAAUAUUGUAAUUUUAUUAUUUAAUAAUUUCAAAAGUUAAAAUUUGUUUUUUUCACAAAUAUGAUCAGUUAUUUUAUUAUUAUUCACAUAAUUUAUAGUGAUGAAUCAAAACUAGUGUUUAUUGUAAUCAUUAAAAAUAGAAAUAAAUGGACUCCCAGACAAGUAAAUAAU